AUGAACAUUGUAGGAAAGCUCAGUUUAAUGAUACCAUGGAGUAUAUUCUUGCUUCAUUCACUGCUAUCCACUUUGCAAGGAUCUUAUUGCAAGCCUCCUCUUUUGAGAAGAACUUUGAGAACUGAGUCUAAUGCAACUCGACAGAAAAGAGAUCUUGUAUCAGCCGAGGUUCAAUCUGCCUCUUGGUUGCACCAUCAUGGGGCCCUGAUGCGGAGUCCACCAGGAGGUUCAUGUCCUCAGGAGUGCCUUAAUGGAGCAGCCUGCACAGAGGCAGGUGACUGUGACUGUCAGUUAUUUCAGGCUCAAGGAAGCAGGUGCCAAAUUGUACCUAACACUGGUAAGGACCGAGAUGGGAUUUGCAAAUCAUGGGGACAGUAUAAUUUUGAAACAUUUGAUGGCAUCUACUACUACUUCCCAGGGAAUUGCUCCUAUAUAUUUACAAAAGACUGCAGUACUCUGGAACCUCAGUACACUGUUUGGGUUCAUAACAGUCCUUAUUGUUAUGGUUCAGUAUAUACUUGUCAUAGGUCUAUCAGCUUAUUUUUUUCAAACCAAGAAGAAAUAAUGAUUUCAGGACAUGAAGUAAGAAAAAAUGGAAUCAGGUUAAUAUUGCCUCAGACAGUUGGAAAUGCUUUCAUUGAGAGACUGGCUGACUAUAUUCUGGUGAAGACUACCUUUGGUUUUUCUCUUGCUUGGGAUGGAAACUCUGGUAUUUAUAUUAAGCUGACAGAAGAUCAUAAGGGAAAGCCUUGUGGCCUUUGUGGAAAUUUUAAUGGCAAUAAAUAUGAUGACCUGAUACUUCAAAAUAUGGGUGAAUAUACAGAAGACAUUGCUGAAUUUGCAAAUAGCUGGGCUGUGCAAGCCUCAGAUGAUAUAGCUUGUGUCCCUACUCCCUCAGAUUUUUCCAGUCCUUGCUCAGCCAAUGCAGAAUCCACUGAGGACAUAUUCUUCAAGUGCCAAAUAUUCCUACAGUUUCCUUUUCUCAGCUGUCAUGAAAGUAUAGAUCCGUAUUCUUAUAUUUCAAGCUGUAUGAAUGAUCUUUGCAGAGUGGAUGAUGAUGAAACAUACUGCAGGGCAGUGACAGAGUACGCUAGAGCAUGUUCUCACGCUGGGUCCCCGGUGCGGGACUGGAGGGAUGACUUUCCAGCCUGUACUGAGAAGUGUGAAGACACCUUUGUUCACCGUGACUGUAUCAGUUGUUGUCCACCAACUUGCACAUAUGAAAAGGAUUGUCUUGGCAGCAAUCUACACUGUUUAGAUGGCUGUUACUGUCCAGAUGGUCUCAUUAUGGAAAAUGGAACUUGUAUCUCUUUGUCGAAUUGUCCUUGUGUUUAUCAUGGAACUGCUUUCCCUGUAGGCUCAAAAAUUGAACAAGAAUGUAGCAACUGUAUUUGUGUUGGUGGCAUUUGGAACUGCACUGAUCAUGAUUGUCCAGCUGAGUGCUCCAUCACAAGCAGCUCUCAUUUCACAACAUUUGAUGGACGUCAUUUUACCUUUCUUGGGAUUUGCCAGUACAUUUUGGUAAAAGGCACUGGAAAAAACAAAUUCACAAUCACUUUACAAAAAGCACCUUGUGGACAGGCCUUUGACCACGCCUGCAUUGAGUCUAUAACACUGGUUCUUGAAGAUGAUGUGAGGAAACAAGUAACUCUCACAAGAUAUGGUCAAAUCCAAACUGUCCCUAACCAAGUUUUUAACCUCAAUGGGGCUAUUGAAAUUCAGAAUAUAUCUUCUUUCUUUGUUCAACUGAAAACUAGUUUUGGUUUGAAGAUACUGUUUGCUAAAGAUGGAGAGAGGAUCUAUGUUCAAGUUGAUGUCAGGUGGAAGAGAAGAACAUUAGGACUGUGUGGAACUUACAAUGGAAAUUUAAGAGAUGAUUUUCUAUCUCCAGCAGGGAUGAUAGAAGGGACCCCACAACUUCAUGCCAAUGCAUGGAAGGUUUCCUCAGCUUGCUCCAUGCCUAUCAAUAUCCCUGUGGUUGAUCCCUGCAACGUGAAUCAGCAAAAUGCUGGGUAUGCAUCUCACUGUGAUAUCAUCAACCAAGACAUGUUUGCUCCCUGCCAUGCCUACAUCAGUCCAGGGCUAUACUACCAGCUCUGCCGCUUUGAUGCGUGCAAAUGUGGAAGCAGCUGCCUGUGCAAUGCUUUGGCGCACUAUGCUUAUGUCUGUGGCAAGCACGGCGUCAUCAUUGACUUCAGAUCUCAUGUUUCUUACUGUGCUGUGAUGUGUCACAGUGGUAUGCUUUAUCAUCAGUGCUCUUCUUUUUGUAAACAUUCCUGUGCUUCACUUUCUAUGGUAAAUAUCUGUGCUGAUGACUGUGCAGAAGGAUGUAAUUGUCCUGAUGGAAAGUAUUUUGAAGAGUCGGUCAACUUUUGUGUAUCAAUAUCUGGCUGUCAUUGUCAUUACAAAGGCAGAGCACUCCAGCCUGGAGAAAUCCUUCCUACGCCAACAGGCUCCUGUCAAUGUUUGAAUGGAACAGUGAAAUGUAUUGAAGCCACUACAGAAAACAUAGUUCACAUAUGCCCUGAAGGAAAAAUCUACUAUGACUGCAGAUCUCCUGUUCCUGGGUUACCAGCAUCAGGUGUGAAUUGUGGGAUCUCUUGUGCGAACCUUGCCAUGAACUUCUCCUGUGUCCCCUCACUACCCUGUGCAAGUGGCUGCAUUUGCCCCCCUGGAAUGGCUGAGCACAGAGGGAAAUGUUAUAUUCCUGACAGUUGUCCAUGCACCUGGAAAGACAGAGAAUUUCUGUCAGGAGAAGUGAUAACUACUCCAUGUUACACCUGUGUUUGUCGGAGAGGUGUCUUCAACUGCACCAGUUACCCCUGCCCUGCUGUGUGUACCAUUUAUGGAGACCGACAUUAUUACACCUUUGAUGGGCUGGAGUAUGAUUAUGUCAGUGACUGCCAAACUUACCUGCUAAAGAGCACAGAUAACUCAAAUAUAUCUAUAAUUGCUCAGAACAAAAAGUGCUUUGACAAUGAUAUUGUUUGCUCAAAGAAUGUUUUCAUCACUGUUGGAGACACUGAGAUUUAUUUUAAUGAACCUUCUGAGAAGCAGAAGACCCUAGGGGCUCAAGAAAACAAAUCUAACUAUCAGCUCUGGAAGGCUGGAUAUUAUACUGUGAUACACUUUCCAGAACAGGACAUUACAAUUCUGUGGGAUAAGAAGACAAUGAUGCAUGUAAAAGUUGGACCUCAGUGGAAGGGUAAACUAGCAGGCUUGUGUGGAAAUUUUGACAAAUAUACUUCAAAUGAUCUGACUACAUCAAACAACAUGGAGGUGAGAAAUGCACAGGUGUUUGGAGACAGCUGGGUAUUAGGACAGUGCAAGAGUCCAAAUGAAACACUGAGACCAUGUGAAGUACAUCAGAGCAAGUUCCCUUAUGCAAAAAAAGAAUGCUCAAUUUUAUACAGUGAUCUUUUUGCACCUUGUCGCAAUGUGAUUGAUGUGACUUCUUUUAUCAAAAAUUGUCACACAGAUACAUGCAACUGCAAUCUUGGUGGGGACUGUGAGUGUUUGUGUACCAGUAUUGCAGCUUAUGCCCACAAGUGCUGCCAGCAAGGAGCAGCGAUUCACUGGCGAUCUCCUUUGCUCUGUGCUUAUGACUGCGAAUAUUACAACCAAGGUCUUGGUGAAGGACCCUAUAUUUUGACAAGUUUUGGAGUGAAUGACACAAUUAUAGGGGCUAAUAUAUCCAGCAGAAGGAUAUUUCCCUUACCUAGAACUGGAGCACAUGGAAAUGUAAUUUGCAGUUUCAUGAUAACUCCAGGUCUUUUCAAAGAUAAAGAUUUAUCUCUGUCUCUUGUUUCCCUUGAAUCUGCUGAAAGACCAAACUACUUUCUGUAUGUACAUGACAAUGAAACCAUUGGGUUGGAGCAGUGGCAGGCAAAUGCCUCCUUUCAGAGACGAGCCACCUUCUUCCACCACCAGGGUCUCUGGAGUCCAGGGCUCAGUGCCUUUGAGCUGCACAGUAAAAAAGGCUUUUUCAUCAUUCUCACCUCAUCCAGUGUUAAAGUGGAAAAGUAUGAUGGUUCAGAAGAAUUCAAACAUUUCAGUAGCUUUAGUAUUGAAGAACUCAGUGCUUCUGUGCCUUACAGAAGGAUGUGUGAAUGGCGAUAUGAAUCUUGUGCUAAUCCUUGUUUUAAGACAUGUAGUGAUCCUGAGGGAAUAGCAUGUAAAUUUCUUCCUCUGGUUGAAGGAUGCAUGCCAUACUGUCCGAAAAAUAUGAUCCUUGAUGAGAUCACACUUAGAUGUGUUUAUCCAGAAGACUGCAUACCUGUGACACCUACAAAAUCAGAAAUUAGACUGAAGCCUUCACUGUUACUCUCUCACAUGGGUCCUACCACGGAGAGAUUUCCUCAGACACUCCCUGUAUUUGUUACUUCAGGGAACAAAUCAACUCUCAUCGGUGUGAAAGACAAAAUAACCAUAAAUGCAAACACAGCUUCAAGGGGAAUGGAUAUGUUGGCACAGUCCAUUACAGACUUUUAUUCAUUGGAAGCUUCUAAUGCAGCCACCUAUUCAACAUUUUCAUUACCAAGAAAGCAGAGUUCUUCGGUAAGUUCUUCAGAAGAAGAUGGAACAAUAUCAGCCAUACCAGCUGGAAUCAUCACUCAAUCCACUACGCCAAUGAUCACAAACACAACAGUGAAUGCUACAUCCUCAAAAGCACCUUAUAUUUAUGCAAAAAUGCUACCUAGCUCUUCAGCCAGUUUAUUAGUUACUUCAGGCGCCACCACCCUAGCCUCUAGGAUUACUACAAAAACCGCUGAUUCUUUUGUUGUCAAUUUGGAUUUUUAUAUGGCUUCAGCUUCAGUUCCUACCACCAUAGAAAGACACAAAUCUUUAUUUACAACUGCAGUAACUCAAGCUUCACAGAGCACUAGAGAAACUCCGAAGAUUAAUAUAAUGGAAGCAACUGGUACUACAAAUCCAUUAUCACAGAUGAAGAGUACUUCAUACAUAGCAUCAGAAGUUAAAUACACAACUUCAUUUGAAAAAACUGUGGAUAUUUCAGAAGAUGGUCAGACGUCAAGUGAGCAAAAAAAUGUUACCAAGACAAAGACAACCACAGUUGACAAAUCUUCCCCACCUUAUUUGCCAGUAACUGCACUUCAGAGUCUGCUUUUUUCAAGAAAUACAACUGCAGUCAAAGAUAUCUCUAUUUCUGGAAUCCGGGAUGUAACAACAUCAGAUAGGUCCAAAAUCCCAACACAGAAACCCAUUACACCUUAUUUUAGUGUAACAGAGGCCACAGAGCUGCAAACCAGAGCUAUAACAGAUUUAUUUCUUUCCAGUGGUGGAAUGGCUCUGCCUUCCUCAUCAGAAACGAUGGCUGUAGCUGACAAGGCUUACUUUGGCACGAUGAUGCAUACACUGAUAUCUACAUCUUCUGAGUGUGUGCCAAGAUACCUCGAACCUGUUGACAAAUGUAGCCAGUAUGUAUGUGUUAAUAUGGCUUGGAUGUUAUACAAUCUUUCAAGGAACUGCCCUAAGGAUGUGCAGAAGCCAGAUUGUGGUUUUCGAGGAAUGCCUGUUCAAGUUAACACUGACAGCUGUUGUCCAGAAUGGGAAUGUCCCUGUCAGUGUUCUGUACUGUCUGAACUGAGUGUUAUUACAUUUGAUGGAAACAACAUAGCCCUCUGUAAUAUGGCUUCCUAUAUUUUAGUCAAGUUACCAGGAGAAAUGAUUGUUGCUCAUAUUGAAAAAUGUCCUGCUAAUCAGAGUGCAAAUUCAAUAAGAAAACUAGUGCCACCUGCAAACACUUCAGGGCUCUGUUUUAAGAAAUUAAAUGUCACAACAUACACUUGUCAAAUACUUAUCAAUCGUUUAGCAAGAAAAGUAGUUGUGGAUUCUGUAAUUCAAUCAUUGCCGUUUUCAAAAGAAGGACUGAGUAUUCAGGACACCGGUGCAAUGUAUGUGGUUAAUACCCCAGCUGGUAUUAGCAUCAAGUGGGCUCAUGUUACAGGCAUCAUAGAUAUACAGUAUGGAUUAUACUCUAACUCAACGAGGAAGACAGAAGGCCUUUGUGGGGUUUGUAAUGGAGAUCCUAGUGAUGACCUGAAAAUGCAAAACAUGACCAUAAUUACAAAUAUGGAGGAAAUUGAAAUGUUCAUCAAGAGUUGGGAAAUUGAGAAAUCUCUUGAUGUAACAACCAGGAGGCCAGUAAGAAACUGUACUGAAGAUAACUGCACAUACUGUAUGGAACUGUUAAAAAGAAGCAUUUUCAUCCCUUGUCACAAGAAAGUGUCACCACAGGAAUUUUGUGAGAAGAUGUGGAUCAACAGUAUUAAUUUUUGGAACUAUGAGUGUGAUGCACUUUCUGCAUAUGUAGCAUUAUGCAACAAGCACAACAUCUGUAUUAAAUGGAGGACACCUGAUUACUGUUCAUUGAGCUGUCCUGAGGGCAAGGAAUACCAGCCUUGUGUGCAACCCUGUGAAGCCAAGACAUGCUUGAAUAAAUGGUUCUAUGAAGAUUCUGCCUGUUCCUAUUUAAGGGAAGACUGUGUAUGUAAAAAUGGCACCAUUCUGCAUAGAACAGACUCUGACCUCUGUAUACCAGAAGAAAAAUGUACAUGUACAGAUAAUAAAGGACAACCCCACUCUGCUGGGGAGAUCUGGAAUGGGUCCAUGAGGGGGUGCUGCAUGUAUGGCUGUUUAGAAAAUGGAAGCAUUAUUGCUGUAGAACCUGAGUGCAGUGAGGAUCCACCACCAGUCUGUGAAAGAGAAGGGGAAGUUCUAUUCCAUGUCAUUGAAGAGAGAGCUUGCUGUCCCAAGAAAGUUUGUGAAUGUAACAUGUCAUUGUGUGAUGCUGUUAUUCCAACAUGCAAACCCAAUGAAAAAUUAGUGGUAGGCUACCACCCUCUGUCCUGCUGUCCACAGUACCGAUGUGAAUGUGAUCCUUCAGUUUGUUUUAAUGCCUCCCAGCCUGACUGCAGAGAAGAUCAGUUUAUUGUUGAAGCAAAACAGGAAGAUCCCUGUUGUUUCUCUCAUCUCUGUGUUUGUGAAUCCUGUAUUGAACCUGUUCCCUUGUGUAGUGAAGGGGAAAUUCUCACUGUAGACCUUAAUACCAUACACUACUGUUGUCCUCAUUACUACUGCGUUUGUGAUGAAAAUCUUUGUUCUGAGCCUCCUAUGAUUUGCACAGAUGACAUGACACUUGUGAAGGAAAAAAUACUUGGGCAAUGUUGUCCAGAAUGGCACUGUGAAUGUAGUUGUGAAAAUGCUACCAUGCUGACCUGUAAUUUGGGAGAAGUUAAAAAAAUAGAUAACAGUGUUUCCAGUGCUUGUGGAUGCACUCACUACAUUUGUGAGAAGGAUGAUGUGUGCAUCUUCCAAGAGGUCACAGUACUGAAUCCCGGACAGUCAGUGAUUCAGUACCUGGAUGGAGACCUUUGUUACACUGUGCAAUGUUUACAAGAAAAAGAUCAGAACACAGGUUACAAUGCUAUGCAUUUCACAAUGAUGAACUGUUCCCAGCAAUGUGAAGCUCAUCAAGUAUAUAUUCCUUCCUUCAGUCACCAUACUUGUUGUGGUACAUGUCAAAACGUGUCCUGCUCUUUUCAUACAGAGAAUGGAACGCUUAUUGUGUAUGAAGAAGGAAGCACCUGGACCUCCAACUGCACCAACUACAAAUGUGUAAAGACUACUGCAGGGGCUAUUGUACUGGGGUCAAGUGUUGUCUGUCCCCCAUUUAAUGACACCGAUUGUACAAAGAAUGGAGGAAUUGUGCAGACGUAUAAUGAUGGCUGCUGCAAGACCUGCAAAAAGGAAGAAAGGAUAUGCCAGAAAAUGACAAUCAGGACAACCAUAAGAAAAAAUGACUGUAUAAGUCAAAGCCCGGUAAAUGUGGCUUCUUGUGAUGGAAAAUGCCCAUCUGCAACAAUUUUCAAUGUCAAUAUUGACAGCCAUCUAAGAUUCUGUAAGUGUUGUCGAGAAAUUGGAACACGAGUCCUGACUGUGCCCUUGCGCUGCUCAGGAAAUGGCACUGAAAUUAUGUACGUCAUUCAAGAGCCUAUAGACUGCUCAUGCCAAUGGAACUGAACGUUGCUGUGGACAUGAUUUAGCUUUCACCAGACACAGUUUUUUGGUCAUGGAUGAGUAUAGUAUUAUGCAGGGAAGUAGAAAAGGCAUCAGUUAUGCUAUAAUGUCAUUUUUCUCAAAUUUAGCAGAGAUGUUGUUUGUUCUUCAAAUUGUCCUUGAAAAUAUUGGCAAGAAUAGAGAGAAAAACAUAAAUCCUUUUGAACAAGGUGUAGUUUAUCCAUCAUUUAUUUCUACUCAGUGGCUUUCUGAUGAGGUGGUGUAAAAAGCUGGUUAGUAUUUCCAGUGUUUUAAAAUUUUGGAUCAUGGCUACCUAUAAGACUUGAGAAUUUCUCAAACCAUUUCUCAGUGGUUCAUUUACUUAGAGGCCUCCAGUUAAAAACAUCACCAGUCCUAUGUUUAAAUGGGAAAGAAGCAUAUUAGGAUUUUGCAAAUGACUGAAUUAGUUUAUUUUAAAAAUAGUAGGUCCAACUGGAACAUUUUUUACCUUGCUCAAAAAUCUAUCUUUUGUGCAUUAAGCUGUUGCCAACAAUUGGAUUAUGCUUACACUGUAAGUCACUGAGAAACAACAUGACUGUGAUCUGUAAGUACUUGUAGGAAAUCUCCAGAGUAUAUAGCAGAAUCAUAAUAUCUUGAAACCUUAGACAUAUUUAAUUUUAAUGUAUAUUAUAAAUAUGAAGCAUGACUAGACAAAAGCUGAAGAGUGAUAGCUUUUGUGCGUUAAAAGUAUAUGAAAGCCAUUUCUGCUAUGAAGGUUUCCACUUUAUAUCCAUUUUUUAAAUUUUCACAGAAAAGAAAUUGGCUCUUUGCUAGUAUAGAAUAAGAUUAUAUGUAUAUAUAUUUAUUAAAAGCCCCACAAUACUGCACAUUUAAAGUAUUCAUAAUGGGUUUUGUCUUUGUUUUCUAGUCUAAAGAUUCAUCUUCAAUAUAUUUUUAAACUUUUUUUUUUCAAUACAGAUAUUUAGACUAUUGCCUGAAUUUAGGAUUCAAAAUUUUUGAGUCCUGGAAAAAAAAGUCAGGUAAAAUAAAUGUUUUGAAGGACUUAGGUGAGUUAUUCAUGCUCAAUCAAGCUGUAAAUACCCAUGAUUCAGCACCUUAAGGUGAAUAUCAUUUCCCUUUUUCUCGACAUACUACAUAACCUGCUUUUAAAAAUAAAGGAUACAAGUUUAGUCUUGUUGUUAGGAGAUUACUUUGCUUUAUAAACUCACUGAAUAAAAAUUAUAUUAAUUAUGACAGUAUUUUCCUUAUCAAUUUUUCUUUUAACUGUGUCAGAAUUGAAAUUCUUGUCUAAAAGUUUGAAAAUCUUCUGACAGUUUUGAUUUCAUCAUUUAAUUAUGAAAAGGUUGGAUUAUCACAUGGGUUAUUACAGUGAAAUAUAAGCAAUUAAAACUGCCUUAAAUUCCAAGGCUAUUUUUCUACUUUGUGUGACAAAUCUUUAAUUGUUUGCUACAUUCAGAUUGAUGGCUUAUAAGGAAAAAUAACUUAUACGGAGAAAUCUGUCAUUAUUACAAGACUCAUCUACUCAUCCCUUUCAUUAAAAAUAGUGAUUUGGUUUAAAAAUUAAGUAGCAAACCAUUGUAAAGUAUUAGCAAAAUAUUUAACAAUUAUAAAAAAUUAUCAACUAAUGAUCAAAAUAAAGUGACACUUUGAGAAAGCCUAUCCUUCAGCUGCAUGUUUUUAUAAGGCAGAUAUUCCAGGGCCUAGAACCAAAAUAUUCUCUGAUUCUUCUGUCAGAACUUGUGCAUAGAAACUUUUCAUGCAGGCAAGAAAUAGAAGUUAAAUCAUAGUCAUAGCGGUAAUGCUGGUGUACUUGUACGGCAAAUUAAAAGACAACUUUUAAAAAAAAAACAAACUUUUGAUUUUUUUGAGAUAGAAGUAGGUAUCCCAUAUUUGCAUUAAGAGAUUUUGGCCCAAAUCUACUUAAUGAAUUUAGCAUUUGAUAAAAAGGAAGCUCUCAAAAUAUAGAAUUUUUCAAUAUAAUAAUUGAACAUUUUCAUUGAACAGCUGUGGCCUUUUAUAAGCCAUGUAAGCCAUUUGCUUUUCUAUGAUUUAGA